AUGGCAUCGCUCGAGUUACUACAUUUGCUCCCCCCAGAGCAGCAAGAAGCGAUCCUCAACGGGCCAGCGCUGGAGCCACCGCCGAAUGUAAUACCAAACUUCAUAGACCCUCCGAAUGAAAAUGGGUUGUUCAUAGCGAUCCUGACCGUCGGUUUGGCAUUAUCGACACUUGCGACGGCUCUCAGAGUAUACACCAAGAUAUUUGUUACGCGAAGCUUGCAGGUUGAGGAUAGCUUCGCGUACUGCUGCUACGAUUUGAUAAUAAACGGAACCGGCUUCUUCGUUCACCAGUGGAAUAUCCAGAUCAAGGCGACUCCAAAUAUCCUCUAUCUUGUACACAUAGCAUCCAGCUUCUACGCGGUAGCGAUGGGCUGUCUCAAAGUUGCCAUCCUCCUCGAGUGGACGCGGAUCUUUUCGCCAAAGGGCACCCGAGGGUGGUUCUGGUAUUCCUGCUGGGCCCUGCUCAUUGUCAACGCCCUCUUCUAUACCGGUGGCCUCAUCGCCGGCAAUUUGUCGUGCAUACCGCACCAGAAGAUCUGGAACCAGACACUUCAAGGGCAUUGCAUCAACCGAAAGGCCCUCGACACUGCCACGGCAGCCAUCAACAUUGUCUCAGGGCUUUUCAUCUUGGCUCUCCCGCAAAAGGUCAUCUGGUCCCUUAAGCUGAGCACCGCCAAGAAAAUAGGCGUGUCUUCCGUCUUCGCAAUUGGUCUCUUUGCUGUGAUAUCCGCCAUCUGUCGCCUUGCCGCCACGAUCGACUAUCUCCGCUCACCAGACGCAACUUACUACGUGUCCGCAACGGCCCUCUGGUGCGUCGCCGAGCAGACGUGCGCCAUCCUCGUCUUUUGCGUUCCCAUCAUGCCCAAGGCGUUUAAAGAUAACAAGUACUUCCGUCGCCUCCUCACCACCGCUCGCUCCUCGAAAAACACGUCCAAGGAUAUCAAGGACUGGGGCUCAGCUAGCCGGCAGGACCGGUACCGCCAGAUUGAUGGCGGGUAUCCUCUUGACAGCCUCAACCAAGGGCAGGGGGCGCAGGGAAGAUACGGCUCAAACGAGCGUCUACAAGGAUCCGCGGACGGGACCGCUUGGCCCCAGAACGCCACCAUCCCUCCGACUGAGUUCCAGAAGGUACAGCCAAAAGCCCCUGCAUUGACGAGGAAUGCCGCAAUACCUUCAUGGGAGGGAGGAAGAUAA